AGUUUCUUUCUCCCGGUGAGAUUGUUUUUGUUGUCUUAAUUAAUUCGCGCUCUUUAAAUUUCACCUCUUCUCUCAAUUAAUUUCCGGCAACCCCGGCAUUCUCUAAAACCUCUACCUUUACACUCUCCCUUUUUCUCCCCACGUCCAGCUUUCCCCGCUCCCGGACCACCCCGCUACGAUGUCCUCCGCCUCUGCUUCUACCCCGGAGACAAUCCGGGACGACGUCAAGGUCGUAGAGACCAAGGCUGUCAACCAGACUAUUGCGCAAAUUCGUUCUCUUGCUGCUGGUGCUGCUGGUGGUGUGUGCGCCGUCGUUGUCGGACACCCUUUCGACCUGGUGAAGGUCCGUCUACAGACUGCGGAGAAGGGUGUUUACUCCGGUGCAAUUGAUGUUGUGAAGAAGACGGUCGCCCGCGAGGGCCUUGUUCGCGGAAUGUAUGCCGGUGUUUCGGCUCCUCUCGUCGGAGUCACCCCCAUGUUUGCUGUCAGCUUUUGGGGUUAUGACGUGGGCAAGACGCUCGUUAGCAAAUUCUCCGAAGUGCGCGUGGAGAACAACACCCCUCAGUACACCAUUGGCCAGAUCUCCGCCGCCGGUUUCUUCUCCGCCAUCCCCAUGACCCUGAUCACGGCUCCCUUUGAGCGAGUCAAGGUGCUCUUGCAGAUCCAAGGCCAGAACCCGCCUCCCCCGGGACAGAAGCCCAAAUACUCCGGUGGAUUGGAUGUGGUUCGGCAGUUGUACAAGGAGGGUGGCAUCCGCAGCGUCUUCCGCGGAAGCGCAAUGACGCUGGCUCGUGAUGGCCCCGGAUCAGCCGCCUACUUCGCUGCCUACGAAUAUAUCAAGCGCUCCCUGACACCCAAGGAUGCGAACGGCAACGUCACCGGUCAGCUCUCCAUGCCCGCUGUCCUGGCUGCCGGUGGUGCGGCUGGUAUUGCCAUGUGGAUUCCCGUUUUCCCCGUCGACACCAUCAAGUCGCGUUUGCAGAGUGCCCCCGGCAAGCCCACAAUUGGCGGAACCAUCCGCAGCGUCUACGCCAGCGGUGGUUUUAAGGCCUUCUUCCCUGGAUUCGGCCCGGCUUUGGCCAGAGCUGUUCCCGCCAACGCCGCUACCUUUGCGGGUGUUGAGCUUGCUCACAACUUCAUGAAGAAGUUCUUCGACGACGAGUGAACGUGAGUUCAUUUGAUUUAGCGAUAUCUGGCAGAAAAAGAAACUGGGUUUUGGUUUUGUAGAUUUAUUGUUCAUUUUUGUCUCAA